ACGACACAGGUGGAGCCGCGAAAUGAUAAAGAGAUUGCUUUCAAGUUUUUCUCUUAUUUUCCAGUAAUGGUUAAUGGCGCGACCUCAGCUCUCGCAGCACCAGAUCCGAUGAGUCACUUCCAUCUCCGGCGACUUUUCCAUCACCGUGAGAAAGGGGAAAGGAAAGAGGAAGAAGGAGCAACUGCUUCUAUGUUGGAUCCAAAGCAGCGGAAGUCACCGAAGCUUGAACGACGCGACGCACUCAAGAACAUCAACUACGAUCCCUUCUCUUCGUCUUCUUAUUCAUCUGCUUCAUCACCCUCUGAUUCUCUUCGAACUCGAUCUCUUGACGUCAUCCCCUUGGAAACUAGCUUCCGAAUUGACAGCGUUGAGUGUGCCGAACGGCUCUAUCAGAGUCUAGGAAUUUUUGGCCCUGAAGAUUUGGGUAUUCCGGCAGAUGCUUGGGAGGUGAGUAAAUCUCGGCAUUCGUCUGUUGUACUCCCCGCUUCUCGAUUACAGGAAAUUGUUAGUCCAACUAACCGAGAGGAGGCACACGAAACUGGGGUUAGGGUUGACCAUGAGGCGGUAGUGUCAGUUGAGCUUGCUCCGUCAAACGAGUCGAAGAAUUGCUACGGUUUACUAGAUGUUAGGUCUUCCGGAGUUGGUGGCGUCGACGCCGUAGGUGGUGGAGGAAUUAAGGGAGCUCGGCCUCCGAUGCUUGCUCCGCCGCCUUUACAGCGUCCGUAUGUUGAUGACAUGGGUUCGGCUUCGACGUGGGAUAUAAUUGGGUCUUUUGCGCCAGAGGAGGACAGGGGUUCGUCUUCGUGUCCGGUUAUGAGACUAGAUUCGAGCUCUUCUGAUGAAGAGGAUGGGGUGAGUGGUGAAGGUGAGGAAGUUAGUGGGGAUGUUGUUGUGAGGGAAGAAGAAGAAAUUGAAGUGAGACUUGGGAAGACCACUGUUAUGCCGGAAUCACCUUCAUUUUCCACAUCGAACGAUGAGGAUUGUUCGAGCUCGACCACCGAAACCACGUAUACAAUUUCUCCUAGCGGUAGUUUCAGACGAAGUAUCACGUCAUGGCAACGAGGUCAUGUUCUGGGAGCUGGGUCCUUCGGGACUGCGUAUGAAGCGUUCACAGAUGAUGGAUUCUUUUUUGCUGUAAAAGAGAUUUCUUUGGUUGACCAGAGUCCCCAGAGCAUUCAGCAGCUUGUGCAGGAAAUUGCUUUCUUAAGGGAGUUUGAACACGAGAAUAUUGUUCAAUACCUUGGAACAGACAGGCAUGUAGGAAAACUAUGUAUCUUCCUCGAACUUGUAACGCAAGGUUCUCUUGUAAAAGUCUAUCAAAAGUAUCAUCUUGGAGAUUCCCAAGUCUCAGCCUACACGAGGCAGAUCCUUAGUGGUUUGAAAUAUCUUCAUGAUCGUGAAAUAAUUCACAGAGAUAUCAAAUGUGCUAAUAUUUUGGUGCAUACAAGUGGAUCUGUGAAACUUGCAGAUUUUGGAUUGGCAAAGGCCACCAAAUUAAAUGAUGUGAAAUCCUGCAAGGGCACUGCAUUCUGGAUGGCUCCUGAGGUUGUUAAAAGGAAGCCACAUGGCUAUGGACCUCCAGCUGAUAUAUGGAGCCUUGGUUGCACAGUUCUAGAGAUGUUAACGCGUAAAGUUCCUUACUCUCCUUUAGAAUGGAUGCAAGCAUUAUUUAAGAUUGGCAAGGGAAUACCACCACCUGUUCCCGAUACUCUAUCCAGAGAUGCUCAGGAUUUCAUCCACCAAUGUUUACGAGUUAAUCCAGAUGACCGGCCGACUGCUGCUCUGCUCUUGAACCAUCCAUUUUUGCAGAGGUCUCUGUCAGCUUCAUCAGUCCCAGGAUCUCCACUUCAUAACAGCAGAUGGUCUUGGGCCCAAGCAGUCGGCAGAGCUCAUUCUCCUGAUGUUCUAACGGUCUUGAGUGCUGAUUCUUCUCCUUGUUCAUCUGGGUCGAGUUUUCGGGAAUUAGAUGAUGUGUUCUUGCAGACUCAAGCCAGAAUAUGGCUUGGAGAAGUCCUUCACACAAGACUUGAUGAGGAGACAGCCAUUGCUGAUUUACUUGCUGACGGGAAGUUGUUAUUUCAAGUUUCUCGAGUAAUAAGAAAAAUGCUUCUGAAAAAGUGUAUGGAGCUCAGAUAUUCAAAAGCAUAUAUAUAUGAACCAAAAAUUUCUGGAAAGUGCGGUGGAAGGUAUAUGCCUUAUUCCAAUGUUGACUCAUUUUUGAAGAUCUGCCAAAUCCUGGGAUUGACUGGUAUUGAUCUCUUCUCCCCAUCAGAUGUGGUAGAGAAAAGAGAUAUUCGAAGAGUUUGUAUGUGCAUUCGCUCGCUAUCAAAGAAAGCAAGAUCUAAGCAUUUAAUCGUUCCAGAUUUUGAUAUUGUUACAUAUACCAUAGCCAUGCCUACAGAUAUGGUUGGAUGCAUCCGCAGAAGCCUUGAGCGGUCACUGCAUAGUGCUUCAAGCUCUAGUGGUAGCAAUCCAAGCAUCAACUCAAAGGUCAAGUACAGACAGAAUGAAGACUAUGCCAGGUCAUAUGAUUCAUUUUCUGAAGAGUCUGAUGAUGCAGAAAGUGAUUUUAGGAUAUUUGGAUUUCAAAGUCCCGAUUCAAACGCUUCAAAUACAACCACCCUGUUGUUUCCGGAUUUAGAGAAAUCACUAGGAGUUUCAGAGGUUGCAGAAAACUGUUUUUUAACAAAAACUGUACUCCUGUUAGAUACUGAGGAUCAAGAGGUAGAUGGACAUAAUAGCCAAUAUGGUCCAGUCUCUGUAAUGGCAUCAAUGGGUUCUCUUAACACAAACCACCAAAGGAAUGUUAACCCUGAGCUCUUCAGUAUUCACUCAGAUGCUACGUUAAACCAUUUAUGCAUUGAACCUCCGAAUGAUCUAAAUGCAGGGGAAUUUUACAUAAACAGGAAAGGGGUAGUGCAUCCUAUGUGUACCCUAGAAAACGAUUCAAUGAGCUUUUGCCAUGUCACAACCCCUGCUUCUGUUGUAGUGGCUUCUGUGGAAACACACACAUCAGAAGGGAGUUAUGCUGGUUGGCAGUCUGAUAUUUCAGAGCUAAAUGGUCACAGAACUCACAGUUGUGAUUAUGUUUUGUCUGAUGGGGAAGCGAAGGGCAGGAUAUUUCUGAUUAAUAAUGGAUCAAGCUCCAAUCACAGGACUUCAAAUUAUGUACUUGGUAGGAGAUUAUAUGAUGAGAUGGAAGAUGCUGAGAUGUCCUCCGUGGCCAGUCUGAACUCUGUUUCAAGUAAAAUGGUCACUGUAGAUUUUGAAGGUUUUGAAGUGGAGCAUGAUUUUAGUAAUGAGAAAAUCGAUUCUCCUAAGUUUCAGAAUCUGGAUAAUGAUCAGAUGGAUGUGAGAUCUGUGAGUGGACUAAAAUUUUAUGAUACGGCUGAAUGUCAGAACCCUGAGGAUAUAGUAACACCAGAAACUGAUAGACCGCAAGGAAACAUGAAAUGUGUUAACAGUAUGAACUCCACCUAUGCUUUCCAACCAACUGCAGAUUUGAAAAGAUUCUUCACAAUUUGGGAUCAAAAUCAUGUUGGGCCACAUGAUUAUGGGAUCAUGUAUGGGAGAGAUUCAGCAUUUGCACAAGCUGACAAUAAGGUGCCAUAUAAUUUUAAUGCUACCUUAUACUCUGAAAAUGUCUUGAGCAAUGUGAACUGUAAUGAACUUGAUGAAGUCUUAUCAAGCCAAUUAGAUUCCCCUUGUUGUAUUCAGGCCAUAUGGAAUGAGAAAUUCCACCGCUCGAUGACUAUGUUAUCAAAGGGUAAGAGUGUUGCAGCUCCUUCUCAACUUGUGAUGCCACAUGGUUUAUAUCCAAACUUUGUCCGCCAUUCUCCUACCAUAGCUACGGGAGGUCCUCUGCAGCUUGAUAAUUCUAAUUCCUUAGUUGGAGUUAAUAGUAAUACUGACGAGAUAUGUAUUGCCUCCAAAAGUGGAGCAGAUAUAGACACAAGAAAGCACCCAAGUAUCUCUCUGUCAACAACCUGUUUUAGUGAAGAAACAGAAGUUUCAUCUGAAGCCUUUAGUGCAGGAUCCACUGUAGGUAGAAAUGAAAUGAAUCUAGAAGUGUUGGGAGUGCAGAACUGUUAUAAAUACUUAUUUGUAGCAAAUAAUUUAAACUGCUCCUUAAAACAGAUGUUUAGAGAUGGUGUGGGCUGCAAAAAUACCUCAGAAGAUAAGGUUGUCUUAAAUAGAUUCUCCACUUUGACUGAAGGUGAAGAAAAGGGGCGAACUUGUCCUUUAAGUUUAGAAACAUUCUGUUUUCCACAAGUUAAUCCAUCAGGAAUAACCAUUGGAGAAGACAGUAUGUUGAAUUACAGGAACUCAAUCAGAACUGCAAUAUUGUGCCGCAGAAGCUCCUUAUUUGACAUCAUUGCAACUCCAGACCUGAUGAUACAUCAACAAUAUCUUGAUGGUAACUUGGACAAACGCAUCCAGCCUGUAUGUGGUGAUGGUCAAACUGCAGAGUCAGAUAGCUACAGGCUGAAGAUAGAAGGGAUGAGUUCUCCUCUUGAAGUAAGGGAUGCCUGCUCCAAAUUUUCAGAUGGUACAGUAAUCAGAAAUAUUGGUUGCCAAGAAGGACAGACCACCAUUAUGGUUCUCAUGGAUAAACAUGUUGAUACUAGUGAUGUUCCUGUGAACCAAUCCAUGCUAACCCUGGACAACCAGCCCUAUUCAUCAGUUGCAUGUUUUGAAGAAACAUGCAAAGAAGAAAACAGUGAAAAUAUUGUAGAGACUCUGCAACAAUUAGUUCAUGGAGCAUGCAUAAAUUGUGACAAGGAAGUUGCUUAUUGCACAAAACAUACGGAUGAGGGCAAAGGGAAACAUGAAAAAGUGAACAAAAGGACGGUUAAUGGUCCGAAAGUGAGGAAGGGAAAACCAGGCAGAAGUUUAUUGUUAAGAUCAAUUGCUGGAGGAAUUACUCUUUUUGGUGGAAUUCUCCUCUAUCUUCACUUUAGUUACAGGAGAAAAGGAGGUAGAGAAAAACUUGGUGAAACAAGUAUACAUUCUAUACAAGCUCGAGAUGCAAACUCUCCAGAACUUUCAACAAGGAAGGCACAAAAGAGAGAUGGAACCAAUAGGGUUUAUCCAGAAAGAUUGAGAUUUCAAGGUUAGAGAUAGAAUUACAGAGCACAUACAUAUAAGGAAGAGAUAAAGAUGGUAAAGUUACUCUAUUCAGUGGUCGAGAUAGAAUUACAGAGUACAUACAUAUAAGGAAAAGAUAAAGGUGGUAAAGUUAUUCAAGUCAGUGGUCAGGGUAAGGUUGGAACAGGUUGUUAAUCAGAUGGAGCAAUGAGACUCAAGGCACUACUCUGCUUCAGAGUCAUCCUGAAAUUGGAAUCAAUGGAGAUCUUCAUGUGCAGUUUUCCCUUUAGUAAUCCAUUUUUAACUCUGGGGUAGUGCUCUGCUAUACACAUUUUUAUAGUUACUAGCAGGAACUUAUGAACAUCUUGAGAUGAAAGCAUUGCUCAAAUUUUGUAACAAAAGUACACCAAAACAAAUUUGUAAUGACAAUAAUAUAGGACAUGGUAGCUUUACCUUACUUAUUAGCUACUGUAAUGUGCUUACCUUAUUACAGAAUAUGGAUAUAGCGAAUAUAUUUACAACCAAAUAAAUUUCUUUCAUGUUCAA